CUUUGUUGUGUCUUCAGUUCGGUGUUGUUUGCCUUAAGGUUCGCACACGCACGGCUUUUCCAUCUUAUAGUUUAAUACUGACAAAAAAAAAUAUCUAUCUUUAACUUGAACAAAAAAAGAUACAAUAUCUAUCAACAAUAUUUUCGGAUUAAUAACAAAACAACAAGUAGCGAAAAAUCCUCUUAUAGAUAAACCCUAUUAGAUACUUUCUGUUGUUUUGUAAGAAACUAUUCGUUACAACUGUCUAACCGUUACCGUCGUUGUUUUUCGUUCGGACUGUUCGUUUUCGGUUCUCCGAAUUUCCUACUGACAUUUUAAGUGGAUUGUAUUUUUCAUCUGAAUUCCGCGGAUUAAACUUGAUUAUUGUGCCGAAAAUAUGCAACAACUUGUGCGGAAUAUUUUAUAAAAAAAUCUCAAAAAAAUUUAAUAACGAAUCGUUACUUUCGAAGAUUCGUUUGGAAGAAGAGGUGUAUUUGUUUAUUUCUCUGUUUUUUUUUUGGUUUUUCCGAAAGUGUACCUGAUUGUUUUCGUUCUGUAUUGUUUUUCGUUUUGCGGUAAUGUCGACAAAGUUGAAAUCAAAGGAUUAAAAUAUACGAAAAAAGGAAAACAAAACGUUAUUUGUAAAGUUGAAUUUUUUUAUAAAAUACGCGGCGGAGUUAGAAAAUGCUUUUGGGUACACAAAACCAUUGCAACGGUAAUUUGGCAGCAUCAAAAGGCGCAACGGAUUUCUCAAUAGCAGCUAUUAUGGCCCGAGGUGGUGCCUCAAGUCGUGAACCAUCUGAAAGGAGUUUGAUUUCGUUUAAAAAAAAACUUACAGGUCCUUUGUCGGUGGAUCGUUUUCCAGAAGUCGAUGAUGAUGUUGAUGUUGAUGUCGAGCAAUGUAGUGAUUCGGAAGCACCAUCAAGAUCGUCGAGAGGUCAAAAUCAAAAUCGUUCAUCACCACAAAGUCCAUCCACAGAAGAUGAUAGAUUAUCACCGGAACCAGCUCAGCCACAACCAAAAAUCACCGGAUCAUGCAAUUGCGAUGAACUGAAACCAGUACAAUGUCAUUUAGAAACGAAAGAAUUAUGGGAUAAAUUUCAUGAACUUGGUACCGAAAUGAUUAUUACCAAAACUGGAAGACGAAUGUUUCCUACUGUACGAAUAAGUUUUUCAGGUCCAUUAAGACAAGUACAACCAGCCGAUCGAUAUGCUGUAUUAUUGGAUAUUGUAUCAGUAGAUUCUAGAAGAUAUCGUUAUGCAUAUCAUCGAUCAUCAUGGUUAGUAGCUGGUAAAGCUGAUCCACCACCACCAGCUCGAUUAUAUGCCCAUCCAGAUAGUCCAAUUAGUUGUGAGGCAUUAAGGAAGCAAGUUGUUUCGUUUGAAAAAGUGAAAUUAACUAAUAAUGAAAUGGAUAAGAAUGGACAGAUUGUUCUAAAUUCAAUGCAUCGCUAUCAACCAAGAAUACAUUUGGUACGUUUAAGUCAUGGCCAAAGUAUACCAACCUCACCUAAAGAAUUACAAGAAUUGGAUCAUAAAACAUUUGUAUUUCCCGAAACUGUGUUCACAGCUGUAACAGCUUAUCAAAAUCAAUUGAUAACCAAACUGAAAAUCGAUUCAAAUCCAUUUGCGAAAGGUUUUCGAGAUUCCUCUAGAUUAACAGACUUUGAUAGACUUUGUUUUGCUGAUAAUAAUUUUGGUGAAUCUAUCAUGUCGUAUUUGGCUGGUAAUAAUAAUAGAGAUCCAAUGGAUGCUUUAUUAUUGGAACAACAUCUCCGAGCACCAUUACGUCUAUUUCCCGAUCCAUUGAUGCAACAAUUUACACAACAAGAUGCCGAUGCCGCAUCAAUGGCCAUUCUGGAGAAAGCCCGUCAACAUCUACAAAUGUGGGGUAGGUCUCCAUACACUGAAUUACUCCUGCCGCAAAUGUAUCAGCGUCCCACCUUAGGCGCCCUCAAUCUUGGUCUCUGGCAACAGCAAUGGCCCCAAUUGCAAGCUGGUUUCCUUGCAAGUGCGAAUGCAGCCAAUCAAGCCCGUUCUCCACCACCGCCACCACCAGCUUCGACGCCAUCGAGUUCGGGCUCUCCAUCGCCGGAUAUGAGAGCGAAACAUUUUCAACGUUUUAGUCCCUAUCAGUUACCACAACAUCCUCCAACUCCAAGAAGUCCGCCAAAUUAAAAUUGUGAGACUUCAUUGUCGACCGAGUAAUGUAGUAUGUCGUGUGCAAUUUUGUGAAAAUGUGAACGAGUACGAGAGUGUGAGUGCAAUUUGUAUAAAAAAAAAAUUCAAUUACCCCUCAUCUGCAUGAAAAAAAAAAAUAUUUGUGGCAACAUAUUUUUCUAUAACGAAUUUUAUUUGGUUAAACCGCUUAAAUGAUUCUUCUUUUAUUUUUUUUUUUAGUAAAUUUAUUUAUUAUUUAUUGCCUUAGUGUAAAGUAUAAAAAUUAAUGUAUAAACUAUUAUAAA